AUGUCGUUGACUCAUAACAAAGGACUGGCCUCGUACACCUUUGUAAGCCAAAAUGACAUUGGCCCGUUUAAUACAAAUCCAUCUCUGUUGCCGGAUAUCAGCGUGGAAGAGAGCACGCAAGGCAUCAUGACGGUGCUGUCCAAGCUUUGUGAAGAGGACAACGGGACCUUUCUGGAUUGGUUGGAAGCAGAAGCUGCAGGUCCUGAAGAGAUGGCAAAGGCAAAUGACUUCUCCGUUUUCAGCGUUCUGGUGACGGGAUCCGAUCGGGGGAUCGGUCUGGGUCUGGUGAAAAGAUUUCUGGAGUUGCCCUCUCCACCCGAAUGGGUCUUUGCUACAACCCUUGACCUGGAGGGAGAAGAAACCAAGGAGCUAAGAGAGAUGGCUUGCAAAUAUCCGAAUCUAGUGGUCUUGCAAUUAGAUGUCACUAAACUUGAAAGCAUCCAGGCCGCUCUGAAAGAAGUGCAGAAGUGUGUUGGAGAAGGUGGGCUGACCAUCCUGUACAACAACGCUGGCAUUUGGGCCUUCAACGAUCUGCAAACAGAAAAUGCCAAAGAUAUGAUGAGAGUUUAUUCUGUCAAUACCAUCGGCCCACUGCUGAUGAGUCAGGCCUUCCUACCCCUGCUGAAGAUGGCAGCCCGGAGAAGCCCAUGUCAAGGGCUGAGUAGCAGCAAGGCGGCUGUUAUCAACAUGUCCAACAUUGCAAGCUCAAUUGAACUUAUGGCUUAUUGGGACCAAUAUCAAGUCAUUGGAUACCGCUGUGCUAAGGUAGCUCUAAAUAUGCUUACCAAGUGCCAGUCUCUUGAGUAUCCGGCUGACGGCAUUAUGACUGUCGCCAUCCAUCCUGGAAUAGUCAAAACUGCUCGCAACCCAAUUCCGGAAAUCAGCGUGGAAGAGAGCACAGAAGGCAUCAUGACGGUGCUGUCCAAGCUCUGUGAAGAGGACAACGGGACCUUUCUGGAUUAUUUGGGUCACCGACUUCCCUGGUGAUCCAUCAGUCUCGCCUUAAGGUUGUUGACU